AUGACGGAUAAUUUGCACGCUGCUCUUGGCUCGAUGUCGUUGGAGGAUGACGAACCUAUCACCCUUCCCGAUAGCCCCAGAUUCAGGGUGUUGGAAGCAAACAAGAUAAGCUUGCUGGGUCAUCUUCUAAACGCGGAAUAUCAAUCAAUGGCAAAGAUGAUUGAAUACAUGCCUACUGCAUGGACCGUCUAUGAUAAAGUGCUUGGUAUUGCUUUGUCAAGAGACCGGUUUCAAUUAACUUUCAACGUGAGGAAGAUCUCAUAA